AUGGCCCUGUACUGCGGCGACAACUUCGGCGUGUACUCGCAGCCCGCCGCCGCCGCCGCCGCCCCGGGCGCGCCCCCGGCCGCCAGGGCGUCCUACGGCUUGGCCGACUACACGGCGCCGCCGCCGCCCGCCGCCGCCAACCCCUACCUGUGGCUGAACGGCCCCGGCGUGGGCGCCACCCCCGCCGCCGCCGCCGCCGCGUACCUGGGCGCCCCGCCGCCGCCGCCGCCGCCGCCCCCCGGAGCCGCGGCCGGGCCCUUCCUGCAGCCGCCGACCGCCGCCGGCACGUUCGCCUGCGCGCAGAGGGCCUUCGCGCCGCCCGCGGGCUCCGCCGCGCCCGCCUCGCCCGCCGGCCCCGCGGCGCCCGGCGAGCUGGCCUGGCUGUCGGUGGCCAGCCGCGAGGACCUGAUGAAGAUGGUGCGGCCGCCCUACUCGUACUCGGCGCUCAUCGCCAUGGCCAUCCAGAGCGCGCCCGAGCGCAAGCUCACGCUCAGCCACAUCUACCAGUUCGUGGCCGACAGCUUCCCCUUCUACCAGCGCAGCAAGGCGGGCUGGCAGAACUCCAUCCGCCACAACCUGUCGCUCAACGACUGCUUCAAGAAGGUGCCCCGCGACGAAGACGACCCGGGGAAAGGUAAUUACUGGACUCUGGAUCCAAACUGUGAGAAAAUGUUUGACAACGGGAACUUCCGUCGGAAGCGAAAGCGCCGUUCUGAGGCCAGCAACAACUCCGCAGUGGCCACGGGGACAUCAAAACCAGAGGCAUUGACGUCAGGGUUAGGGGCUGGAGUGGGUGUGAAGCCCGAAGGAAACAGCCCCUCUUCCCUGGUGAGGCCUUCACAGUCCCCGGAGCCUCCUGAGGGCACCAAGAGUGCUGCGUCCUCUCCAGGAGCGUCCACGCUCACCUCCACCCCCUGCCUCAGUGCCUUCUUCAGCAGCCUCAGCACCUUGAAUAGCAGCAGCACUGGGGGCAGCCAGCGGGCCCUCCCCGGCAGCCGCCACCUUGGGAUCCAGGGAAGCCAGCUGCCCUCCGGCACGUUCCCCCCCACCUCCAUUCCCGAUGCCUCACCAGACAGCUUGCAGCUGAGCACCUGCCCCAGCAGCAGCCAGCGGGCAUCCUACUACAGCCCCUUCCCUGCCAGCAGCAGCGGGGGCCAGAACAGCCACUUCGGCAACCCUUUCUACAACUUCAGCAUGGUCAACAGCCUCAUCUACCCCCGGGAAGGCUCUGAGGUGUAA